CUCAUCAAAAGAGGGGAAUCCAUGUGUCUGUCACCCAACACCUUCAACCCUUGAAUUAAAAUACAAAUAAAUCCAUAAUCGGAAAAAGAGGACUGAGUUGCUUGUUCAGUUUACAAUGGCGAAAUUCAGACAACAUUUGACUUUGUGGCAACCUCGGGAGUUGCUCCAAGAUCCAUUAUUCAAAUUCCCUUACUUGCCUGGAAUCUCGCUCUCCAUUUCGCUUUUUUCACGCUCAUUCCACUACGCAUUUAAAGUUUUAUACUUCAAACUUGUCUUUCUCCAUACUUCUGGAUCUCUCAUUUUUCUUCCCCUUUGCGUGCCAUUUCAAAAGAGUUUUUCACAUUCAGUUUUCACGUCUUUUGCAUGUUCCUUUGCCUCUGCCGGUUCAGUUUCCUCUUUCAUUUCCAACGCCUUUGAUUGGACUCUCAUCCUUUCAUUUUUCCCCCUCUAUAACCUGACAGGGUGGGAGGUUACUGAAUUUGAAGCUUGAAGGGAACCAAUCAAAUUGGUCAGUGACAUGUCGAGUAUCAAGUUAGAUGAGGUUGUUUGCCGUGAUUCUGAGGAAUCAGAAUUAAGCUCUUGGAAUGAGAAAGUGACUUCAGAUGAAAAGGUUAAUAGAGUAUAUGAGAUCCUAAAUGGCAUCCAUAAGCAAGGGCAGAGGUCACUUGGCAGUAUCACCACAAAUGUUGAGAAUGGAACACUGACUGAUAGGUUAUUUAAAGGGAAUAAAGCAGCAAUUGGUGACAGUUUCAAUCUUCCAUUUGAUCGGAGUGAAAAACAUGCACAUGUAAUUGGAAGAAGAUCUGGACCUCUUAUAUCCGGAACAGCAUACUGCAUUUCUUCGUGCAGCAUGAUAUUACUGAAUAAAGUUGUUCUCUCAAGUUAUAAUUUUAAUGCAGGAAUAUCAUUGAUGUUUUAUCAGAAUCUGAUAAGUUGUGUAGUUGUUGCCAUAUUGGGACUGUGUGGAGCAGUUUCAGUCGAAAAGCUGAAUUGGAAGCUGAUCAGGGUUUGGCUCCCUGUAAAUAUAAUCUUUGUUGGCAUGCUUGUGUCGGGAAUGUAUAGUUUGAAAUACAUAAAUAUAGCAAUGGUGACCAUCCUAAAGAACAUGACGAAUAUUUUAACAGCAAUUGGAGAAUAUUAUGUUUUCCGAAAGCAUCAAAAUCAGAAAGUGUGGACGGCAAUGUUUAUGAUGAUUAUCUCUGCUGUCACUGGUGGUAUUACAGAUCUCUCAUUUGAUGCCAAAGGGUAUACAUGGCAGAUUUUGAAUUGCAUCUUAACAGCUGCCUAUUCGCUUACUUUGCGGCUUGUCAUGGAUAAAGCUAAGCAGGCAACCAAAUCAGGAUCACUUAAUAACAUGUCCAUGGUUUUACUGAAUAAUUUGUUGUCUCUGCCCUUUGCAAUCUUCCUGAUUUUCGUUUUGAAUGAAUGGGAAUAUGUAAUAACUACCAAUGUGAUUAAAUUGCCAGUGUUUUGGGUUGUUGCAACAGCUAGUGGGUUGCUUGGACUUGCCAUUAGCUUCACAUCCAUGUGGUUUUUGCAUCAAACUGGACCAACCACUUACAGUCUUGUAGGUUCCUUGAACAAGGUUCCCAUCUCUAUAGCCGGACUCAUGCUGUUCAAAGUUCCACUCAGUGUACCAAACAUGUUCAGCAUACUUUUUGGUUUAUUUGCUGGAAUAUUGUUUGCCAGAGCCAAAAUGUCAUGAUCGAAGAACAGGACAAUGCGCAGACAAGAUAUAGUAAACAUUGCUUCUCCUUGUGUAAGGAUCAUCAAUGUCUGGGGAAAAGAAACACAGAAGAUUACAUAAAACUUUUCGAAGUUCUAGGAAACAAAAUUUGAUUGCAAUAUGAAGGAUUAAGCAUACAUAAUACCACUGCCUUAAAAAUACAACUUCCUAUACACAACUCGGAAAGGUCAUUAGUCAACAGAAUAAUCGCAUGUUUUGCAUUCUUCUUUUCUUUUUGAGGAAACAACCUAGCGAAAGGGGUUGUAUGUAAUUCCCUUGAUAUGUAGCUGUAACUUUAUUAUUUUUCUCGUAAAACUUCUUUCCCUUGUUUUGGGUAUUGAUAGACAUACAAAUGCAAGCAAAAGAGGAGCUGUCAAGUUGUUAGCUUGAUUCUCUACGUUUGUAAAAUUGUUUAAUUUUAAAGCUUUUAAUUCCAAAUAUUUUAGUUUCA